UGAAAAGGAGGCGCUACGCCCAGCUACUUGAAUAUACAGCUAAGGAUUAGCGUUGAUAGGUGAGGCAACUAUCACAUCGCGGUAAGUUCUAGAGGUAGGCUACGUAGGAGGCAGUAUCAAGAACCACCUCAUCGCGACGAUGAGCGAGUUCGCGGGGACCUUCAUGUUCCUCUUAUUCGCAUUCGGCGGUACCAAUGCCGUAAACACGAACCUGCCGAAAACCCCGGCCACGGAUCUAGCUAGGUUGCUGUACAUGUCUCUAUGCUUCGGCAUGAACCUUGCCGUCAAUGCCUAGGUCUUCUUCCGCAUCAGUGGCAGUCUAUUCAACCCGGCCGUGACGAUGGGCAUGAUGCUUGUCGAUACCGUGGAUUAUAGGUGGCAUUGCGGCUGCGGCUGUCAUCUCCGGUCUCACGCCCGGUCCGCUCAGCAUAAGCACCAGUCUAGGUGGUGGAACGACGGCGGUGCAGGGCCUGUUCAUCGAGAUGUUUCUCACAGCCCAGCUCGUGUUCACCAUUUUCAUGCUAGCUGCCGAGAAGCAUCGCGGGACAUUCAUCGCACCUGUCGGGAUUGGGUUGUCGCUAUUCAUUGCUGAGCUUAUUGGAGUUUAUUAUUCAGGUGGAAGCGUAAAUCCAGCACGUUCCUUCGGCCCCGCCGUCGUCAUAGGGUCCUUCUACAAUUACCACUGGAUUUAUUGGAUUGGCCCCAUCCCAGGCUCGCUACUUGCGUCCAGCUUCUAUAUCUUCAUCAAAGCCCUCGAGUACGAGACAGUGAACUCGCAACAAGAUGAUAACAAUGAAGCACAUACCGAACCUAAGUCCGAUCCACAACACCUUGAAAACCAUGUGUGUUCGUGGGGUGAUGGGACAGCAGGAGUAGCUCGGGUUAGUACGCCGUAUAGAGGACGGACAAGUUUAGAAGCCGGUCGCAUUUGAGUAUAUAUGCGUUAUAGCUGUUGUAUAUUUAUGUGUGGCACGCGUAGCGAUAUCGUAG